CAGCCACCAGACACGGCUGUUCCUCCGGAGGGAGACGGAGGCUGAGGAGCGGUCAUCAUGUCGGGGAAGGACGGCGUUAUGUGGACCUUCUUCCCGCUUCUGCUGCUCGCCUUWCUGCGCCCCAGUGCCGGAGCAGCCCUCACACAGCUGUGUGACUCAUCCACUGAUGGCUCCAUCUACAAAUAUUACGCAAAGACUCUAAACUCUAGUCGCUUAAUGAACUUCACCGACUACGCUGGAAAAACCGUCCUCUUCGUCAACGUUGCUACGUACUGAGGGUUGACCUAUCAGUARGUGGAACUGAAUGCACUGCACGAAGAGUUGAAACAUCAUGGCUUCACUAUCCUCGGCUUUCCCUGCAACCAGUUCGGCAAACAGGAGCCGGGGCAGGGACAUGAAAUCCUGCCAGGGUUGAAGUACGUCAGACCAGGCAAUGGCUUUGUUCCAAACUUCCUGCUGUUUGAGAAAGGAGAUGUGAACGGAGAAGCUGAGCAACAAGUUUUCACGUUCCUUAAAAAUURCUGCCCUCCUGUGGGGGACGAGUUUGGCGUCGUCAACGGCAGGUUGUUCUGGGAGCCUCUGAAGAUCAGCGACAUCAAGUGGAACUUUGAGAAGUUUUUGGUGGGACCUGAUGGGAAGCCGGUGAUGAGGUGGCACCCGCUUGUCGACGUAUCUGAAGUCCGAGCCGACAUCCUCAAAUACCUUCGACAACUCUUCACCCAGUCUGUCUUUAAACGUGAUUAUUAAUAUUGUGUAAUGAAGUAACGGUGUGUGCGCAUUUAGAGAAGUAAUGUGACAGUUCCUGCGACGCAAAGAUGGCACGGUAAAUGAAGAGGAGGCUUGAAAACAGAAUCUGUGGUGCCUCCUUGGAGUCUGGGCUUCAGGCGAACCUUUCAGUGCAUUCUGGUUCGUCCUGCUGUCCCACAYCAUGCCAGCUUCUCAGUCCAGGACCUGUUGACAUUACACUUUUACCUUCAUUAAAUCAUAAUGAAAGCUGCA